UGGGGCAUUUAGGGUAGUUGGGGCAUUUGGGGCAGAUGGGGCAUUUAGGGCAGAUGAGGCAUUUGGAGCAGAAUUGGCCAGUUGGGGCAAAUGGGGCAAAAUGGGGCGGUUAGGUUAUUUGAGGCAUUUGGGGCAGAAUGGGGCAGAUGGGGCAUUUAGGGCAGUUGGGACAUUUAUGUGUGUGUUUGUGUGAGUAUGAUUGGGUGUGUAAUAUUGUGUUUGUGUGUGUAAUUUUGUGGUUGUGUGUCUGUGUGUGUGUGUGGUUGUGUGUGGUUGUGUGGUUGUGUGUGUGUGUGUGUGUGUGUGUGUGUGUGUGUGUGCGUGUGUGAGUCUGUGUUUUUGUGGACGUAUGUUAUAUAUAAUUUUGUGUUUGUGUGUGUAAUUGUGUGUCUGUGUGUAGUUGUGUGUGGUUUUGUGUCUGUGUCUGUGUGUGAUUGUGAUUGUGUGUGUGUGUGUGUUUGUUUAUAUUACAUGGUGGGGUCCUCAACCUGUAAACACACUCACAAAGUGGGGACCGAAAACAAAGUGGGGACCAAAUCCUCGGUCCCCACAAUGUUUUGCUUUUAAUAGGCUCUAGGGGCGCUGCUGAUAUGCCUCGUGCAGUUUUUUUUUGAAGCCCCACCAUGAGCAAAUACCUGACUUAAGUGUGUGAGUGUGUGUUCAAGCGGUGCUCUUCAGCGCCCCUGCAGCUCAGUCUCAGAACUGCACCUGUAAGCACACCUAUGACGUCACACGCAUAGAUACACACUUUUGCAGCAGCAGCACAUGCGAUUGGUUUUGCAGCGGGUCAAGGCCAAAAUGAGACGGAGGAGGAUAAACCCUAUUAAAAAUGCGGAGGAGCACGUGUUAAACGCCGUGGACAAAACUUAUGCUCUGGAAACCAAGUUCAUCAGUAAUUAUAAAGGUCGUGGAGUGUUUGCCUUGUCCCCUUUUAAUAAAGGAGAUUUUGUCGUGGAAUACCGAGGCGAAUUGAUUGACUUUAAGGAAGCAGAACAGAGAAGAGAGGUCACUCAAAGUCCUGUCUUUAUGUUUGACUUCAUUUGGGAAAACAAGAAGUGGUGCAUUGAUGCAACCGAGGAGAACACCACCUUUGGAAGGCUAGUGAAUGACGACCACUUGCACCCAAACUGUACAGUAAAAAAGAUUGUUGUCCAAGGAAACCCCCAUUUGUGCCUUUUUGCAGCGAGAGAUAUUAUUCCUGGAGAGGAAAUAACCUAUGAUUAUGGACCAAGUGACUGGCCUUGGAGAAAGUUUUCCUGCCAUGAUAAUGAUGGCACAAGAGCUUCACAGGACCAUACUGAGAGACCUAUAGCUACUUCACAGCUUUCACAGCAUACAGCAGAGUUUUCCUGCUGUGAUAAUGAUGGCACAAGAGCUUCACAGGACCAUACUAAGAGACCUAUAGCUACUUCACAGCUUUCACAGCAUACAGCAGAGCCUUUGGUUGACUACAUGGACAGUGAAGAUGAGGUUUUCCCUUCAAAGGCUAUGAUGUCUAAGAAAAAGAUGAGGCCUGCAAUUCAUGAUGACUCGGAUGAUCUUUUUAACUCUGAAAAUUCCAGUGUAAGCAGUGAAGAUGAAAAUACAGACAUCACCGAAAAACAUCAUAGACCUUGUGUCAGGGCAGGAAGAAAGAUUACCAAGCAGUCAGAUGUUGUUUCAAGUGAAGAUGAGUUAUCUGAUGUCAGUGUCAGUGAGGAAGAGUACAUUCCUGACACAUCCGGAGAGACUUCAGAUAGCAUAAGUAGCAUAAGUCUAAGUGGUUCACCAAAACAUAAAAGAAAGUUCCAGACUGUAAUCCAGUGCAGUUCAUUUGACAAGAAAGGCAAACACUGUGAUCCUCAGAGUAGUGGUGACCUAGGGAGUUUACAAAACAAAGAUGCAUCCUCACCUCCUGACAGAAAAAGAUCAGUACUUAUUCCAGCUAUUAUUAAAAAGAGGGAUGGAGCAAGAAUGUAUAACAAGAAGCAACACUGCUUGUUUUGUGGCAGUGAUUUUACAAAAAUUUCUAGACACCUGGAACGCAAGCACAGCAACGAGCUAGAAGUAGCAAGGGCACUAAGUCAUCAAAAGGGCUCCAGGGAAAGGCGAAUGCAGCUCGAGUUUUUACGUAACAAAGGUAACUUUGCUCACAAUGCUACUGUUAUUAAUGCAGGAGAAGGAGAGAUGAUUCCACGAAAACUGCCGAAAAAAAACCUGGAUGGGGAACGUUUUAUGCACUGUAUAUACUGCCAGGGGCUCUUCUUAAAGAAGACUUUGUGGAGACAUUUGAAGAUUUGCAAAUUCAAGCGUUCCGAUGUGAAGCCUAAACCUGGAAGAACUCGUGUGCAGGCUCUUUGUGGCUUUGCACAGCCUCCACCACCAGGCGUAACUCAUGGUGUUUGGAAGCUGUUAAAUGCUAUGAACCAAGAUGAAGUGGCGCUGGCAGCUAGAAAUGACUGGUCCAUUUUAGAGCUGGGGAAACAUCUUUAUAACAAGUGUGGCUCAAGAAUUAAAAUGCAUGAAUACAUUCGUCAAAAAAUGAGAGAGCUUGGAAGACUUCUUAUAUGUGCAAGAAAAGUUUCACCCCUUACAUCUAUUAAAGAGCUCACCAACCCCGAAAACUUUCUGCAUACUGUUGAUGCAGUUAAAGAAACAGCUGGAUAUAAUGAGGAGACAGGUCUCUAUGAAAACCCUAGUAUUGCAGUAAAACUCGGACAAAGUCUUAACAAAAUUGCAAUGCUUAUUGAAAGUCAGUCUAUCAUUUCUGGAGACAAAGCAACAGCAAAAGCUGCGAACAGCUUCCAACAGUUGUAUCAAUCCAGAUGGUCUGAGUACAUUUCCGCUUCAGCCAGGCGAACAUUGGAGGAAGCCAAAUGGAACAAACCAACAUUACUCCCAUUCACGGAAGAUGUUAAACUUCUCCAUUUGUAUCUAGAUGAGCAAGAGAAAAUUUACUACAAACUCUUGUCAGCACAGCCUUUGUCUCACCACUGGUCAAAGUUGGCCAAGGUUACAUUAACUCAAGUUAUGCUUUUUAAUCGAAGACGAGAGGGGGAAGUUUCACAAAUGCCUUUGUCUGCCUACACCUCCAGCAUCCAAUCAGAUGCCCAUCCAGAUAUUAGCAUGGCCCUCUCAGAGUUGGAAAAUAAACUGUGUCAGUACUUCAAGCGAAUAGAGAUCAGAGGCAAAAGAGGAAGAAAGGUUCCAGUACUUGUCACUCCUUCAAUGCAAGAGUCAAUUAACCUGCUGAUUAAAUACCGGGAUAGGUGUGGAGUACCGAAUGAGAACUCUUUCCUCUUUGCACGUCCUUUUGCAAUGACCUAUUACAGAGGCUCUGACUGUAUUCGUGAAUUUGCACGCGCAUGCAAUAUUGAAAAUCCUGAAACUCUCACUACCACAAAGUUGAGGAAACAGAUUGGUACCCUCUCUGAAGUUCUUAAUCUGAGCAACACAGAACUGGAUCUGCUGGCUGACUUUCUUGGCCACGAUAUUCGUGUACAUCGUCAGUUUUACAGGUUACCUGAGGGCACUCUCCAGUUGGCCAAAAUGAGCAAAAUUUUUCUGGCUCUUGAAAAAGGACGCUUGGCUGAUUUUAAAGGGAAAAGUCUUGAUGAAAUCGACAUAGAUCCUGAAGAGAAAGUUACAGUGGACAGCGAUUUAGAGGAUACUCAAUUAAAAGAGUGCACUCAGGUAUCAGCACCACACACUGCAAUUGAAGAUUGUAAUGACUCCUUGCUUCAAGCAGACAGAGGGCUCAAAAAAAAAGCAUCAGCACCACAAACUGCAAUUGAACAUUGUGAUGACUCCUUGGUUCCAGCAGACAAAGGGCUCAAAAAAAAAGGUGAGGUUAAGAGGACACCCUGGAACCAGCAGGAAGUUCAUGCUGUGGAAAAGCACUUGAUGAAAUUUAUUAAGAACCGGAAUGUUCCAAGAAAGACGGACUGUGUAAGGUGCAUAGAGGCUGAACCACAGGCUCUUAAAAACAGAGAGUGGUCAGCUCUGAAGUUUUACAUAAAAAACCGCAUCUCUGCUCUGCAAAGAAAAGAUUUAGCGCAUAAAUUAGGCUGAAUCUAUCCACCAUGUCCUCGAGUUUUGGUCGAUUUAAAUCGAUUUAAUUCUGUUUAAUUGAUUUAAUUCCGUUCUUUUAAAGAAUGUUUUAAAAUGUUUCAGAUAUUUAAUGGAAUUAAUUAUUUUGUUUUACUGAUUUGCUGUUUUGUUUUCCUGUUAGGAGGACACUGUUCUUUCUUAUAGAGCAGUUAUUAGUAUGCCAUCCUCGGUUUACAAACUUGGUUAUUUCUUUCAUGAAGGAAAACACCAGCGUUUUUCAAUAUUUUACUAUGUUUUUGCCUCAACU